AUGAAGUCGCCUCCCUGCUGCAUGUCUCUUUCUUCCCAAGCAUCUUUGGAGGAUCCAGGGAGUAGCACAUCCCUGGGUUCGCUGGAGUCCAGUGUUUUCUCCAGUGAGGAAGAGCAGGGGCCCCUGCUCCAGAAGGUCAUUCCCUCUCUGGACUGCUUUACUAUCAAUGUAGGAGGCAGUCGCUUUGUGAUGUCCCAGCAAACUUUGUCUUGCUACCCUGACACCCGUCUUGGCAAACUGGCAGUAGUGGUUUCUGCUGCCCGGGAUGUGGCUUCUGGCCUCCUUGAGCUUUGUGAUGAUGCCAACCUUGUGGAGAAUGAGUAUUUCUUUGACCGAAGCUCACAGGCAUUUCACUACAUCCUGAAUUACUACCAGACAGGGAGGCUGCAUGUGAUGGAGCAGCUUUGUGCACUCUCUUUCCUGCAAGAGAUCCAGUACUGGGGUUUGGAUGAGCUCAGCAUUGAUUCCUGCUGCAGAGACCGGUACUUCAGGAGGAAGGAGCUGAGUGAAGCCUUAGACAUCAAGAAAGAUGCAGAAGAACUGGAUGCCCAAGAUGAAGAAGAGGAUUUUUCUGGUAGCCUCUGUCCCAAUGUCAGACAGAAACUUUGGGAAGUUUUGGAAAAGCCUGGCUCCUCUGCAGCAGCCAGGACGUUUGGCACCUUGUCCAUGGUUUUUGUUGUUGUGUCAAUUGCCAACAUGGCCUUGAUUUCAGUAGAGCUCAGCUGGCUGGCCCCAGCACUGCUGGAUGCCCUAGAGUACCUGUGCAUAGCGUGGUUCACAGCGGAGUUCGUCCUGAGGCUCCUGUGUGCACGAGAUCGGUGCCGCUUCCUAAGGAGUGUGGCAAACAUCAUAGACCUCCUUGCUAUUUUGCCUUUCUACAUCACCCUGCUGGUAGAGAGCCUGUGUGGUGGUGAGAGCUCCCAAGAACUGGAGAAUGUGGGGCGCAUUGUCCAAGUGCUGAGACUUCUUAGAGCCCUGCGGAUGUUGAAGCUGGGAAGACAUUCAACAGGCUUGCGGUCUCUUGGGAUGACUAUUGCUCAGUGCUAUGAGGAGGUUGGCCUUCUGCUUCUUUUCCUCUCUGUAGGAAUCUCUAUAUUUUCCACUGUGGAGUACUUUGUUGAACAAGGUGUGCCAGGCACAACUUUCACAAGUGUACCUGGUGCUUGGUGGUGGGCAACAACUUCCAUGACAACAGUUGGUUAUGGUGACAUUAGACCAGACACUACCAUUGGUAAGGUAGUAGCCUUUAUGUGUAUACUGUCAGGAAUAUUGGUUUUGGCUUUGCCAAUAGCUAUAAUAAAUGACCGUUUUUCUGCCUGUUAUUUUACACUGAAGAUAAAAGAAGCUGCUCUUCGGCAGCGUGAAGCUUUAAAGAAACUCAUGAAGAACUCAUCGAGCGAUUCAAAUAUCAAUGUUAAUUUGCGAGACAUAUACGCACGCAGUGUCAUGGACAUGUUGCGGUUAAAAAGCAGAGAGAGAGCAAGUACAAGGAGCAGUGGUGCCGAUGAAUUUUGGUUUUGA